AUGCUUGAAUAUAAUGAUUUAUCUGAUGAUGUAAACAUUUCCAUUUAUCCUCAAAAUUCUGAUCAAAUUCGAAUCCACCAUUUAAGUGAAUAUAACUGGAAGCGUAAUUCGAACAACGAUAGUUCAUUAUUCUUUGAAAAUAAUUUAUUUGAAAUAACAUACAAUGGAACUAGUCCAAAAAUGACUUCACCAUACGAGCAAGUUAUCAUUAAGUUUCGAAUAAGUAAUACAACUCAACAUCAUAAAGAUAUGCCACAUUUAUUAUUUAAACCUGGUUGGAUUAUUCAAUUUGAUAUUUUAUUCAAUAAUUUAACUAGUAAUUUUAAUCAAAGUCGAUUUCGUUUACAUUUAAUGAUUAUGUCAAAUUUGACCUUAGAUCCAACUGAAGAAUUUCGUAAAGAAGUUUUAUUCAGUAUUGACGAUGAAUUAACACCUGGAAAUUUUGAGAUGACCAAUAUUUUAUUAGGUGAAUCAGUAUCUAAAAUGAAUAAUAAUGCUGGACUAUAUUCAAGUAAUGCAACUCAUCCAUCAGCAUUCCUUCAAAUCAAACCAGCUUGUUUCAUUGAUAAUCAUUUGCGAACAGUUCAAAAUAGUCGUAAUGUUUAUAUUGGUAAACAUCAAUAUUUAUUAGAGUAUAAUAAAAUGGGAAAAGGUCAUUUAUCUCAAUUUCAUUUACUUCAUUAUUCAUUUCCAUCAAUAUUUUAUGCGGAUCGAUUAAAUCCUAAUAGUAACAAUGAUACUAACCUGAAACCUAUUGGUAUUCGUUUAAUAAAUGUAUCAUUUGGUACAUCGACUGAUGGAUUUUAUGUUAAAUCGAAAUUUAUUGUUUGUUAUUUAUUGAUAAUGAAAUUUAAAGCCUGUAAUAAGCGUAUGUUAUUUCAAGUUGUCAAGACUAGUUAG